AUGCCUGAAAAUCCUGCAGCAGAUAAGCAGCAGGUGCUACAAAUUCUUGAUCGUCUGCAAAUGAAACUGCGAGAGAGAGGGGAGACUUCACAGAAUGAAAACCUGACUAUUUUAUGUAACACACUCAGAAGCCCUUUGUUUAAUCAGAUACUGACCCUUCAGCAGUCCAUCAAGCAACUGAAGGAGCAACUCAAUUACAUGCCUUCAGACCGUUCGGUGGACUUUGAUUUUACUAAGAGAGGGUUACUAGUAUUUGAUGCUGACAGAUCCAUUACUAAUGGGAACAUGUAUAUGGCUUAUAAUUCAUCUGGAUCCAGAGUAGAUCCACUCAAUCCAAAACUAGGAGCUGAUGAAUUCAAUAUGAUGAUCCAACGGAUGGCAAAGGGCAGGCAAAUAGAAUACAUAGAUAUAGAAAAACCAUCUGUUGGAGGCCUUGGUUUUAGUGUGAUUGCCCUUAAAAAUCAAACGGUGGGAGAAGCUGGUAUCUUUGUCAAGGAAAUCCAACCAGGAAGCAUAGCUGCCAGGGAUCAGAGAUUAAAGGAAAAUGACCACAUUCUGGCCAUUAACCACACGCCGUUGGAUCAGAAUAUUUCCCAUCAGCAGGCUAUUGCACUGCUCCAACAAUCCACAGGAUCUUUACAUCUGGUUGUUGCUAGAGAGUCAGUCCAAAGAAACAGCGGAGUCUCAGCUGUCUUAAGUGACACACAUCCGCCUGAACCUAUUCAAUGGGGCCAUGUUGAAGAAGUUGAACUGAUUAACGAUGGCUCAGGAUUAGGUUUUGGAAUUGUAGGAGGAAAAUCAAAUGGUGUUGUUGUAAGGACUAUUGUUCCAGGCGGAUUAGCAGAUCGGGAUGGGAGACUGAGAACAGGAGAUCACAUCUUACAGAUUGGAGGAACCAAUGUACAAGGAAUGAUCAGUGAACAAGUUGCCCAAGUGCUGAGAAACUGUGGGAAUUCUGUUAGGAUGGUGGUUGCAAGAGAUCCAGCAUGUGAGAUUACUGUGACGCCACCAACCCCUCUGAGCCUGCCUGUUGGUGCAUUGCCCUUCUCUCCGGACAAAGGGCCUGGGGCUAACACCACUCUUUUUGAUACCUAUGAUGUGGAGCUUACAAAAAAAGAUGGACAAAGCCUUGGUAUAACAAUUAUUGGAUAUACUGGAACAUCUGAUGUGGCAGAUUCUUCAGGGAUCUUUGUGAAAAAUAUAAUACCUGGCAGUGCUGCAGAUCACAGUGGCCUUAUACAAGUCCAGGACAAAAUUGUUGCUGUUGAUGGGAUUAAUGUUCAGGAUUGCUCCAACCAAGAAGUGGUGGAGGCGCUGCGUCGCACUGGCCAGGUGGUGCACCUUACCUUGCUUCGACAGAAACCUUCUCAUGCUUCUUUCUCUUCAGGAAGAUCUUUAGAGAGAGGUAGUCCUUUUCCUCCCUUUCAGCCAAAUAUGCCAGCCUUAGUUCUGUCUGGAGCUGUAGAGACGGAAACUAAUUUGGAUAGUGAGAAUGAGGAGGAUCAAGAGGACAAAGAUAAUUUUGAAAAUGAAAAGAAGCAAAAUCUACACAAAAUAGGAAGAGACCCAGACUCUCCAGAAAAGGAGUUGAAAUCCAAAUGGGGAAAACUGCUGGGACCUGAUUAUGAAGUCAUGGUGGUUCGUGUGGACAUGCCAAUUACAGAUGAUGCUGAGCUCCAGAAAUACUCAAAGCUAUUGCCUCUCCACACUUUGAGAUUAGGAGUUGAACUUGAUACAUUUGAUGGACAUCACUACAUAUCUUCAAUUGCUCCAGAUGGUCCAACUGCUAUGCUUGGCCUACUGCAACUGGAGGAUGAACUUCUAGAGGUAAAUGGAGUUCAGCUUUAUGGAAAAUCCCGCCGUGAGGCAGUUUCUUUUCUGAAAGAAGUGCCGCCUCCGUUCACUCUGGUUUGUUGUCGGCGCCUGUUCGACGAUGGCGGCGAAUCCUUUGUGGAUGAGCUCAGCACCAUCGAGGUUUCGUCUCCGGAGCCACAGAUGAAACCAGAAGUAGACCUUCAUCCUGAAGAGGAAGGAGAUGGUGAACUAGCAUUGUGGUCUCCUGAUGUGAAAGUUAUUGAACUAGAAAAAGACUAUAAAGGUUUAGGAUUCAGCAUUUUAGAUUAUCAGGAUCCCCUAGAUCCAACAAGAACGGCCAUUGUGAUCAGCUCUCUGGUAGCGGGUGGAGUAGCCGAACGCGGGGGUGAACUGUUACCAGGCGACCGCCUGGUUUUUGUAAAUGAGAAAUAUUUGGACAAUGCCACUCUAGCAGAGGCGGUAGAAGUGUUGAAAUCUGUGCCCCCAGGUACUAUUCGCCUUGGCAUCUGCAAGCCUUUGGGAGAAAGCAAAGAGGAGAAGAACUUUUGCAUUGUGGAUCCCAGCACCAUUGAAGACCACUCUGCAUCUCCAGCACCAAUAAAUGAUAUUCAUUCAUCAAUAAUGCUCGAGGCACCACAGGGUUUUAGAGAUGAAACAUUCUUUCAAGAAGAACUUGUCGAUGAACCACUUCUGGAUUUGGGAAGGCCAUUUCAGCUAGCUCAGAAUGAAACAGAACAUAAGGAGUCCUGGGAAAUGCAUGAAUUCCUUAAGGCUAAAAUGGAGGAAAUGGGUGAAGAGCGGGAAAUGUUAGUGGAUGAAGAGUAUGAUGUGGACCCGGAUUAUUUUACAUAUGCCUCAUCACAUGUAAAGGACACCACUCCACCUGCUGGGAAGAACCUGGUUUCUAUUGGAGAAUGGGCGAAGCAACUUGAGCCAACUAAAACACCAGAUUUAAGAUCCCUUAUUAGCAUAAAUGCUAAGCAGUCCCCACAUUACCUGUAUGAUGAUGAAGAAACGUGCUGCAGCACGUCAGUGAAACUGACUGUCAUCCUGAUCGCUUAUCGCACCAGUGCAGAAUGUCUUGAGGGCUGCCUGUGCUGCAUUUAUGAAGCCACAGUGGAGAACAACUGCCAAACAGCCAUAUUUGAUGAUAUUGAAAUGACUGAGUCAGUAGCAAAAAGCAAACUGGAUUUAGGUACGAGGCUUCAGAACGACUCAAAAAGACGUAGGUUAGUUGACCUUGAAGCAGCUGAAAGGGAUGAACAAAAGAUGGAGGAUUACAUUCUUUCCAGGAACCAGGAAACUGGGAGAGCUGUCACUCCUGCUCAGCCUGCAGCAGUGUUGUCCAGUGAAUUACCUGAACGAGAAGAAGGAGAAGGAGAAGAAACUCCAAACUUCAGUCAUUGGGGACCAUCCCGAAUUGUUGAAAUCUUCAGAGAGCCUCACAUGUCUCUUGGAAUCAGUAUUGUUGGUGGGCAAACUAUUAUAAAGCGCCUAAAGAAUGGAGAGGAACUUAAAGGUAUCUUUAUCAAACAAGUCUUGGAAGACAGCCCAGCUGGAAGAACAAAAGCCCUAAAAACUGGGGAUAAAAUACUUGAGGUGUCUGGAGUAGACUUACAAAAUGCCACGCAUGAGGAAGCAGUGGAAGCUAUCAAGAAUGCAGGAAAUCCUGUUGUUUUUGUUGUUCAGAGUUUGUCUAGUACCCCAAGAGUGGUCUCCGUGGUACAGUCUAAGAUAAAUAAAGCCAAGAAAGAUCAGGACACAGAAAGAGAAAACAAAAAUGAUAAGAGAAAAGUGGGGGCACCACCUCCGAUGAAGUUGCCACCUCCUUAUAAAGCACCCAAAAGACUCCAGUCAGAGGAGGAUGCUGUGGAGGAGGAGGAUUUUUAUACAGAGGAGAAAAUCAGACAAAGAUAUGCAGAUCUGCCAGGGGAGUUGCACAUUAUUGAGCUUGAGAAAGAUAAGAAUGGGCUUGGACUCAGCCUUGCUGGCAACAAGGACAGGUCUCGUAUGAGCAUUUUCAUAGUUGGCAUCAAUCCAGAUGGACCUGCAGGAAGAGAUGGAAGAAUGCACAUUGGUGAUGAACUUUUAGAGAUAAACAAUCAGAUAUUGUAUGGAAGAAGCCACCAAAAUGCCUCUGCAAUAAUUAAGACUGCUCCGUCAAAGGUCAAGUUGGUUUUCAUACGAAAUGGAGAUGCAGUUAACCAAAUGGCUGUUACUCCUUUCCCAUUACCUUCCAGCUCCCAGUCUUCCAUUGAGGAUCACAGUGGCACUGAACAUGCAAGCAGUGAAGAAGAUUGCAGCUCAGAAGUUGUCAUGAAAAGCUUGACUGAUGAUGAAUGUAUCAAAAUGGUCCUCAAUCAGUUAAAACAAUCAAAGUCUUCAACCAAAGCACCCACCAGUUUACAUGAGAUAUCUUUGGCACCAACACCUUCUUAUCUUUCUCCAGAGGCAGAGUUCACCAGCCAUAGCAAUGUACUGCCUCCUCUGUUGCCAGUGGAUCCAGCCACAUGCCCAAUUGUUCCAGGGCAAGAGAUGACUAUAGAAAUAUCCAAGGGGCGAUCAGGCCUUGGUCUCAGCAUUGUAGGAGGAAAAGAUACUCCACUUGAUGCUAUAGUUAUCCAUGAAGUUUAUGAAGAAGGGGCAGCAGCUAGAGAUGGUCGACUCUGGGCUGGUGAUCAGAUUCUUGAGGUUAAUGGCAUUGAUUUGAGGAAUGCUAGUCAUGAAGAAGCUAUCACAGCCUUGAGACAGACACCUCAAAAGGUGCAACUGGUUGUUUAUAGAGAUGAAGCUCAUUAUAAAGAUGAAGAGAAUUUGGAGAUUUUCUAUGUAGAUCUACAAAAGAAAACAGGCAGAGGACUAGGUCUAAGCAUUGUUGGAAAACGAAAUGGAAGUGGAGUGUUUGUUUCUGACAUUGUUAAAGGAGGAGCUGCAGACCUGGAUGGGAGAUUAAUACAAGGAGAUCAGAUCUUGUCUGUUAAUGGGGAGGAUAUGAGGAAUGCCUCACAAGAGGUUGUUGCCACUAUCCUCAAGUGUGCUCAAGGGCUAGUGCACCUAGAGAUUGGAAGACUGAGAGCUGGUUCUUGGUUAUCAUCACAGAAAACAUCCCAAAGCAGUCAGGUGAACCAACACAGCAUGCAUAGUCACUUUCAUCCUGCACUAGCUCCAGUCAUCACUACCUUACAGAACUUUGUCAGCACCAAGAGGCUGUCGGCAGAUGCAUCUCAGAGAAAUUCAGGAGCAGAUAUGGACCUGAGGACUGUGGAGAUAAUGAGGGGACCAAAUGAUGCCCUUGGUAUCAGUAUAGCAGGAGGGAAGGGAAGCCCAUUAGGAGAUGUUCCAAUCUUUAUUGCCAUGAUUCAAGCCAGUGGAGUAGCAGCACGUACCCAAAGGCUCAAAGUUGGAGAUCGGAUUGUCAGUAUUAAUGGGCAACCUUUGGACGGGCUGUCUCACGCUGAUGCUGUUAAUCUACUAAAGAAUGCUUAUGGGAGCAUUAUCCUGCAGGUUGUAGCCGACACCAAUAUCAGUGCCAUAGCUAGCCAAUUAGAGAGCAUGUCUGCUGGAUGUAAUCUUAACUCGCCUACUCUUGAUUGUCAUUCUGAAGAUCCAGAGGCUCCUCAGCCUAAGAUUAUUGCUUUGGAGAAAGGUUCUGAUGGCCUGGGUUUUAGUAUUGUAGGGGGAUAUGGAAGUCCCCAUGGAGACCUGCCCAUUUAUGUCAAGACUAUAUUUGCCAAGGGAGCAGCUGCGGAUGAUGGCAGAUUGAAGCGCGGCGAUCAGAUUUUAGCAGUUAAUGGAGAAGCUUUGGAAGGUGUUACUCAUGAGCAAGCUGUAGCUAUUCUGAAAUGCCAGAAAGGAUCUGUAACAUUAACAGUGUUAUCAUGA